AUGAACGUGAGAAAGAGAAGCCCCAAAUUUUCACAACCAGAAUCUAAAUCUGGAAUUUGCUCCUUGGUGAUCAAAACUGGCGCUGCGCUUCUGCCGGUCGCGCAACUUGAAGCAAGUUCCAUUUUCGGCACGUUGGACCAAAAUUUCCAGGAAACUCUUGAGGUCCUCGCAAAUGCAAAAACUUGCGAUAAAACCUACAAUCCAAAGAAAGCUCUCUCGUCGGCCAACGCUGCCUUCAGUCUGGAGCUCCUCCGCGAAUUGUCCAAAAAUGAAUCGGAAAAUUCAAAUGUCUUCUUCUCCCCUCUGAGUGUCCAAACUGCAAUGGGGAUGGUGCUGCUUGGAUCCCGCGGCUCGACAAAUGAAAAUAUGACGAAAGCAUUGUGUUUCAAGGAGUUCGCAGAUGAUGAACAGCUACAUGGCUCGAUGAAGCAACUUCUGACUUCCCUGAAGCAGUUGAAAACAGUCCAUCUGGCUAAUAGGCUCUAUGUUGAUGAAGGGUUUCGUCUUUUUGAUGAUUACAAGAAGAAGUGCCUUGACAACUACUUUGCUGAGGCUGUUUCAACUGAUUUCAGAAAGCCAGCUGAAUGCGUAGACAAGAUCAACACUUGGGUGAAGAGCGUAACAGCCGACAAAAUAGACAAACUUAUCACCAAAGAGGAUCUUCUUGGACCUCUGGUGCUUCUAAAUGCCAUUCAUUUCAAAGGAAAGUGGAUGGAGCAGUUCGAUCCGAAACGUACAAAGGACGCUGAAUUUCAUAUUGGAAAACGAAAAAGUGUUAAAGUGCCCCUGAUGUAUGGGAAGAUGGAUGUUGAUUACAUGGAAGAUCAAGGCUUCAGGGCUAUCCGCUUACCUUACAAGGAUGACAACUUAAGCAUGACGAUUCUUCUGCCUGACAACUCUGUCCAACAAUUAUCGGAUGGGUUGACGCCUGAACGGUUGAAGGAUGUGCAACGGAAAAUGGUGAAUCAGAAGGUUGAGGUUUAUAUUCCGCGCUUCCAUAUCGAACAUAAAGUCAAUUUGAAGAAGGAGCUUUCUGCACUUGGCAUGAAAACCGCAUUCUGCUGCGAGGCUGAUUUCUCGGGCAUGUCCCCGUCAGCGACAUUUAUCUCCAAUGUAAUUCAUCAAGCAAAAAUUGAAGUCAAUGAGGAAGGAACUGAAGCAGCAGCGGCUACAGCUGUGCAAAUGACGCGCUGCUGUAGGCCCCCCAGGAAAACAAUAUUCCGAGCCGACCGUCCAUUUUUGUUCUUCAUUCAGAAUGACGAAAGCAAAGAGAUCCUUUUCUUUGGAAGUCUCAUCAAUCCAGCAAAAGGAAAAUGA